CGGGCGCCGGACCCCCAGGCGGAGCGACAGGUCUCGGGCCCUCAGGCGGAGCGGCGGGCGCCGGACCCCCAGGCGGAGCGACAGGUCUCGGGCCCUCAGGCGGAGCGGCGGGCGCCGGACCCCCAGGCGGAGCGACAGGUCUCGGCCCUCAGGCGGAGCGGCGGGCGCCGGACCCCCAGGCGAAGCGGCGGGCACCGAGUCACCAGGCACGACAGUGGCUCCGAGUCAACUGACAUGACCGCUGGCACUGGGUCAGACACUGGAUCGUCUGGCUGGACAGCGGGCAUCGGGUCACCAGGCACGACAGUGGGCACCGGGUCAUCAGGUACCGGAUUGUCUGGCUCGACAGCGGGCAUCGGGUCACCAGGUAUGAUAGCGGGCACUGGGUCACCAGGCAUCAGGUAAUUUGGCUUGACAGCGGGCACCGCGUCAUCUGGCAAGGCAGUGGGCACCGAGUCAACUGGUAUGACUGCGGGCACUGGGUCAGACAUUGGAUCGUCUGACUGGACAGCGGGCAUCGGGUCACCAGGCAUCAGGUCAUUUGGCUCGACAGCGGGCACCGCGUCAUCUGGCGAGGCAGUGGCUCCGAGUCAACAGGCACGACAGUGGGCACCGGGUCAUCAGGUACCGGAUUGUCUGGCUUGACAGCGGGCACCGGGUCACCAGGCAUUGGAUCGUCUGGCUCGACAGCGGGCAUACGGGUCACCAGGUAUGACAGCGGGCUCUGAGUCAAUUGGCACGAUAGCGGGCACCGGAUCAGGUACCGGAUCAUCUGGAUCAACAGCGGGCAU